GUAGUGCAGGGCUCCGGCCGCCAUCGUCCCACCGGCGCGGGGAAAGCCCGGAGAGGCGAGGGACGAGUGCGCAUCACCGCUGCGCCUGGCCAGGGUCAAGGAUGCGAAGCGCCCUGGCGCAGGGCCGCAGUCUGGCACCGAGGAGCGAGGCUCCGGCCCUGAUCCUUUCGGCGCACAGCCCGUCCUUCCUCCCCGGCCGGCCGCAACUCACCUUUUCGAGUAAGAGGUUGAGGUUUCAAGCAGUCACCCCUCCCAAGGAUCUUAAACGCCAGGACAGGAAUUUGUGGAAACAGGGACUGGGGGAAGAUGGUGUCAAAUAGUGGCGCCACCCCUUGACUCGUGGCUCCAAAAGGACGCCAAUUUUCUUAGCAAUCAAGAAGAAUCAGGGGCGCAAAUGCUUGGUCUGGUUUCUUGACGGCCUGCCCCUAAACUUAAGAAGGAAACAACUAAGAAUCUGAAAGUGGAGAAGUGUUAGCAGUGUGGCCGCAACGCAGGCGGGGAGAUGGCCUGGGUUGGCAUCCAACCGCAGCGCGGGUGUCUCCCAGACCCCAGGUGUGCCUCAAACCCCUAGAGGGCCCAGAGCGGGUACCUAGGAGCAGGGGUGGAAGUUGGGACUUCCCUAACCUCCUCUUGGCAUAGCAGAAUGGGGCAUCCCCAACCAGAGGAACGGUCCAGGAACGGAUACUAAGCCAGAACCCUGAGGUGACUUCAGGGGCUGACUCAGAGAGCCCCCACGUUCUGUCCCGGGUGGAGUCUGCAGGGAUGAUCACGAGGGACCUGCCUGGCCUGGACUCCAGUGUGGGGAUAAGUGAAUAGGACCAGAAAGGACGUGGGCUGCUGGGCUGACGGAGGAGGCUGGAGAAGCUGGGGGCCUUGUAUCCGUCCCUACUCCUUACGCUCCUGGUUUAGGACUAGGAAAGAGCAUCUCCCCACCAGCCCUCGGGGGCUCUCAGUGAUCUGACUGCCCAGGUGGCCUCUCCUGGGACUUCAGGACCCUGGGGUGAGCUGCGGGGGACUCCCUAUCCCAGCUGGAAUUCAAGGACUGCUUCUCAGGAUGCAUCCUGCCUAGUUAUAUGUGGGAUGCUCCCUCGGGUUUUCAGCAGGCUGUACCCGUUUUGACACUUCCGUGGAAAUGGUGGGGCUCUGUCGGUUUCUCCUUUACAGGUUGAUAGUCACACAUCUCAGUCUGGGUGUUGCGUCCAUCUUCCUCCAAACCCAGAAGAAGGCAGCCAUGUUUAGACCCUGGAAUUGAGAACAGACAGACCUAGGAUCAGACUCAGAUCUAAGCCUUCUCUUGGGGAGAAGGGAUCUUUUGGGGGGAUGGAUGCUGAAGUUGGUCCUACUCAGGGGAAGGAUCCAGUGGGCCUAGCUGCAGGUGGAACCUUCUGUGGCUAAGUGAAUGCACCCUUUCUUGGCCCUGGUGGCCUGGCUUGCUGGGGGGUCUUUUCUCUGUGUCCCUACUCCAUCUGAAGGGACUGUCCCUUCCUAACACUGAGGCCAGAGUAACAAUUUCAAAACCUUUCUCUGAAUUAAACAUCAGGCUGGGGCAGAAAGCCGCAGUGGUCCCUGGCUCCUUGAUCCCUGAGGCAUGGAGCAGGGGAGUGAGUCCUUCUGGUCUCCCUAUUCAUACCACCCUUGGCCAGCUACAGUCUGGACUGUGUGUGUGUGUGUGUGUUGGGGGGGGGGUCUUCAGAGUAACUUGCCUAUCCUGGUGUCCACUUUCCUGUGGUCAGAACGGCCAGCUGCUCCCUCCAUUCUAGGAUCAGAGCUUCCUGAGGGCUAUAACUAGAGACACAGGUAAAGGUCGGUAGGCUUAGAGCCAGGGAAUGAUCCAGAGAUGGGCCUGCAGAGACUCUCACGAAUAGUCUCUAUGUCCCCUCCCUCCGUCAGCCCACAAGUCGGCCCAGUGAGUCAGAUUUCUGAGUUGUCCCAUUAGGCCACUUUCAUUUCCCUUAGGUCAGGGUGGAGGCUGGUGUCGAAAGAGGAACUAAGCCACUGUCUUCUUAGGCUUGGGGGCAGGGCAGGGAGCCUUUCCACCCUCGCUGUCCAAAGCUGGCAUUACUAUUCACGGGUCACUGACAGUUGAGCUAUGCACUGCUCUCAAGUCUGUAGAGCGACACUCUGCUGGCCUGGAUGUGGCAUGUAGCAGCCACAACCCAAAAGAUACUGGGUCGGGGAUUGCAGGGGAAACUGAGGCUCCAUACUGCAAAACCCAAACAAGCCUGAUCAAUUUUAUUCCUUAACUUGCGGAACAGUGACUCCUUUCUAAGGAGCUGGUGGCCCAGUGGCCUCCCUCUUUUCUGCCUCUGACUCUGGGUUCAAGAGUUCAAGACCAAAGGCCUGGACAGGGGAAGGUGAGACCUUCCCAGGAUUGAGGACGGAAAUCAUCGGUUGAGUGAGCCUUGUCGAGAAAGCUGAGGGUUGAAAAGCGGGCUUGACCUCAGAUACCCAAAUGGACUGGAGAGACAUCCCCAUGACUCCUCCACCCAGGGCAUGGAGCAUCUUGCUGUGAAUCUGCUGAACUCCACUUUGCUUUCUCCUGCAGAGCCCUUUGCCAUGAACCAGCCAGCCCCGGGGGUUGCCCCACCACCACGCCGCGUGAGGCUGAAGCCCUGGUUGGUGGCCCAGGUGAACAGCUGCCAGUACCCAGGGCUUCAGUGGGUCAAUGGGGAAAGGAAACUCUUCUAUAUCCCCUGGCGCCAUGCCACAAGGCAUGGUCCCAGCCAGGAUGGAGACAACACCAUCUUCAAGGCCUGGGCUCAAGAGACAGGGAAGUACACCGAGGGGGUGGACGAGGCUGACCCAGCCAAGUGGAAGGCCAACCUGCGCUGCGCGCUUAACAAAAGCCGUGACUUCCGUCUGUUCUAUGACGGCCCUCGAGACAUGCCACCUCAGCCCUACAAGAUCUACGAGGUCUGCUCUAAUGGUCCUGCUCCCACAGAGUCCCAGCCCACUGAUGAUUACAUUCCUGGAGAAGAGGAGGAGGAGGAAGAGGAAGAGCUCCAGAGAAUGUUGCCAGGCCUGACCAUCACAGAUCCUGUGCUACCUGGGCCUCCCAUAGCACCCUACUCCUUACCCAAAGAAGGCGUCAAGUGGCCACCUGCUCUCCAGCCAUCUGUAGGGCUGGGUCCCCCUGCCCCAGAUCCAAAUCUCCUGGCCCCUCCCUCUGGAACCCCUGCUGGCUUCAGGCAGCUUCUCCCUGAGGACCUGGAGCCUGGACCGCUGGCUCCCAGCCAGCCUCCUUCAGAACAACUCUUGCCUGACCUGCUCAUCAGCCCCCACAUGCUGCCUUUGACUGACCUGGAGAUCAAGUUCCAGUACCGUGGUCGUCCGCCUCGUGCCCUCACCAUUAGCAACCCACAAGGCUGUAGGCUCUUCUAUAGCCAGCUAGAGGCUACCCAGGAACAAGUGGAACUCUUUGGCCCCGUGAGCCUGGAGCAAGUGCGCUUCCCUAGCCCAGAGGAGAUCCCCAGCGACAAGCAGCGUUUCUAUACAAACCAGCUGCUAGACGUCCUGGACCGUGGGCUCAUCCUCCAGCUGCAGGGCCAGGACCUGUAUGCCAUCCGUCUGUGCCAGUGUAAGGUGUUCUGGAGUGGGCCCUGCGCCUUAGCCCAUGGCUCACGCCCCAACCCCAUCCAGCGAGAAGUCAAGACAAAGCUCUUUAGCUUAGAGCAGUUUCUCAAUGAACUCAUCCUGUUCCAGAAGGGUCAGACCAACACUCCACCACCUUUUGAGAUCUUCUUCUGCUUUGGAGAAGAAUGGCCUGACCUCAAGCCCCGAGAGAAGAAGCUCAUUACUGUACAGGUGGUACCAGUUGCAGCCCGGUUGCUGCUGGAGAUGUUCUCAGGGGAGCUUUCCUGGUCAGCAGACAGCAUCCGGCUGCAGAUCUCAAACCCAGAUCUCAAAGACCACAUGGUGGAGCAGUUCAAAGAGCUCCAUCACAUCUGGCAGUCCCAGCAGCGGUUGCAGCCCAUGGUCCAGGCCCCUCCUGUGGCAGGCCUUGGUGCUGGCCAAGGGCCCUGGCCCAUGCACCCAGUUGGCAUGCAGUAACAAGGCUGCAGAUGGUGGCUGUCCUGGGCUUCCUGGAGCAACUGUGGAGAUUGGCAUGGCAAUGGAGUGGCCCCCGCAGGCCUGGCUGACUGCAGGGUUCUACCUCUGAGUCUCUUGAAAGGAGAGUAGGGCCAAAAAGGACAUACAAGAGGCCUCAGGCCACAUUCUCCCUAAAAUUCGAUCUGAGCACUGUCUUCCAGUGAUUUCUCUAAUCUGUUUGGCUCUGAAGAAAUGUGGCCAGCAGCCCCAGCGGGAGGGAGGGAACAUCACUAGCCCGAAGCUUAGAUACACAGGUCCAGUUACCCCAGGGUAGCCAACUCUUAUGGUUGCCCCACUUUCUCUAGCAAAAAGGGCCAAGGAGUGUUGGUGGGGCUUCUGCAAAGAAUGGGCCUGAUUUGGGGGUUCCCUAGUUUGUGCCUUUCUCAUCUUCCUCUGACAAGGACAUCACUGGACACUUGUGCUGACAGCUGCCCUCCUUCAGAGUCUAAGAAGCUGGGGUAGAAAGUAGAUUUUAAUAUAUUUUUGGAUUAAUAAAUGUUAAAAGCAGA